AGUGAAAACAUGAAGAUACCAUAGAAAUCCACCUGCAGCAUACCCAGAGCUGUUGCUUUAAUAUAUAUAAUACACCAUGAUUUGAACUUGCUCUCAAAAGAAACAGCAAACUUACCACCCGUCUGGACCAUUAUGGGAUUACACAACAUUCUUUCAAGCUGGAGCUGAGAUGGGAAGAACAGGGAGGAGACACCUGUUAUCAGAAUAAAAUAAGAGAAGAAACACUUCCCAAGUAUUCUUGAUUUAUAGCUUUCAAAGAGAAGGAAGGAGGACAUUUGGGGAAGGCUUCCCGAGUGUUUCUCUGGUGGCUAGUAGAAAACGGGAAACUUUGCUGCAUCUUUUCCAAGGGAACUGACUGGCGUUAGUAGUCUGGAGACGAAAGUAUGGAUCCUAAACGCCGGCUUGAUCAGAACAGUGGAACAAAUGAACAGAUUUCUGGUGUCAAGGGCGGAACACCUAGCGAAACUCCUGAGGAAAGGAACAACGAAAUGAGCAAACACCAGGAAACACCAGGUCUGCCUGGCAGCAAAGCAGGUAAUAAUACAACUUCGGUCAGAAAGUACUCCUGCCAGCAGCCAGUAAGUCAAGGGUUCCCUAGAAGCCACCCAUCCAUUGGCCACCAUUGCUUGCAGAGCUCUAAAACUCUCCAAGUGCCUUCGACAAACGAAGCUAGCGCCAAGGAUACCAAACCUUUGUUAAGUCCAAGAACAGGCAAAGAACUGCAUAGCAACUUUAACCAGACAAGUCCCCAUUGGGACAAGAAACCUCUUGCAGAAGUCCUGAGCCCUUCUAGUAACAAGCGACAGGUAAACAAAGAUGCUGAAAGAGAUGGGAGAGGUGCAAAAGAAGGUACAGCUCCACCUGGGGGCUCGGAGCCUGAAGAGUCUUCCUUGUAUAAAUUGGUCCCCAGCUUCCAAUUUUUAGUGGGGCAGGAUUGCGAGAGUGGCAGUCAACCACCGGCCGGUGCGGAAUACAAGUACAGGAACCAGUCUCCGGAAAGAAACAGAGCUUACCCACCCCAGCAAUCAAAGAAAGCUAAAACUGAAGAAGGUGCCGUUUGGAUUUGCCCACGAACAGGCAAAGAGCUUAGAUGCAGUGCUACUCAAACAACUUUCUUUUGGGAUGGAAAAACCCUUUCAGAGUACCUGCAUUCUACAGGCAGAAAGGCAAGUGGCCCAGAAAUCAAGCAGUUGCUGCAAGCGUUUCCUAGCAGCCACCAACAGCCAGCGGAUCAGGAAUCUCAGCAGUCCAGUCAACAAUCAAUUGAGCAACGAUACCUCCAGAGCAAAACAACUAAGCAGCUGCAGCAAAGGAAGUAAAUUAAUGUUGAGGAGGAUGCCAUUUGGCUAAGCUGACAUGUAGGCAAAGAAGUUAAAUGCAGUACUAUGCAGACAAGUUUCUUUUGGGGUUGAAGAACACUAGCAGAGUAUCUGUGCUGUUCUCCAAGUUACUAUGUCUUUCCUCCACUGGACGAAAUGCUAAUUCCUCUUACGAGAGCAGAAACUAGUGAACGUAGUUCCACAGGCCAUCCCAGAGCCCGAUGACUAUGCACGAUCUUCUUUCAAAUGCCAUGAAUCAUGUGAUCAGCAACUGCAUGAUUGGCUCUUUAAAAGUAAAUUGCAGACAUGAGUCAAUCCUACCUUGGAGAAGGGGAUGUUUAACCCUUCUGUGGUUCUGAUUUGGACCUUGGGUCCCUCACCUUCAUUUCACAUCUUGGGGGUGGGGGUGCUUCUCAUCAACUUUGCCCACCGGUCAAUUUUAAAACUGGCAAUAGUGUUCAAUAAAUUCAAUGCUCC